UGUUCAACUGCCUAUAGGGUUGACGGUGUGGGAAAACCCUACAGCCCGGCAGUUUAAUUCUUGUGCUAAAGCAGUGAAUACGUAUUUCAUAAGAACCAGGAUUUUCAGAUUCUUGAAUGAUUGAUCGUAGGAACCAUAGCUUGAAGCUAAAUAAGCGGCGCCCCCCAAUAUAUCCUACCUGCCUGUCCUGCCUGAUUUCUGCCUGAAAAUCAAGCAGUGUCCAAGAGAAACCCACUGGACUCACUGCAAGGUCACUAACUUUAAACAAGGGGAGAAAAACGACGUUAAAAUCUCCGUGGGAUUGUUACUCUGAACCUUGUAAUAAAUGGUUUUAGCCUGGGAGAGUAAGGUGUGUAAUGACACAGCAUGAAAUAUAUAUUUAGGACUGACAAGUGAGUUUAUUGCAACUAUACCUGCGGUCCAGGUUAUGUAACAAGUGUACAGAAGUGAAUUGAAGAAAAUCCGCAAAAAAUGCCAAGAAGAAAAUCCUCUAAAAACGGUCACGACUAUGAACACCAGGGGGCCGGGGGACAAGGAUAUUACAACGGAGGGUAUGCCACCUAUGGUCACGGGGGAGGACAUAACGAGUAUAAGAAUAAUAAUGCUUAUGGAAGUUAUAAUCCCUACGGUAACUCUGGAUAUGUCGGAUCAAUUGAUCGUAGAUCCACCAAGGAAGGUGUGUAUCCUGGUCCUACAGGAGCUGUGCAGAACGGAGGAGGAGGAGGAGUGAAUGAUAAAUGGAGAAAUACGUAUCCUUAUGUUCCUACAAGCUACAAUUAUCACAAUAAUGCGAGGACACCUGCAGAAUCUGUAGAUCUGGGAAGUGAAGAGUUUGGAGGAGACAACGGAGAUGAGGAGGAGGAGGAGAGAGAACACUGGGGUUCACAAUGGGAAUUUAUUUUCUCAUGUGUUGGACUUUCUGUAGGAAUUGGAAAUGUUUGGAGAUUCCCAACCUUAGCCUAUGAGAACGGAGGAGGGUCUUUCUUCAUCGCUUACUUCAUCCUGCUUAUAGUUAUUGGAAAGCCUAUGUACUACAUGGAGUUAGCUCUUGGUCAGUUUGCACAGAGAGGUCCGGUGUCUGUGUGGAAACUUAAUCCAAUUGGAGUUGGGAUAGGAGUUGGUCAGUGCGUGGUUUCACUCAUUGUAGCAAUAUACUACAACGUUGUUAUGGCAUACUGUCUCUAUUAUAUCUUUGCCUCAUUCCAAGCUGAGGUACCCUGGGCAAAGUGCAGUGAGGAUUGGUUCCAAGGUAUUGGUGCAGAUCCCCUCCGCUGCUAUGAGAGAUCAGCAAACGCCACCAAUAUUACAUGUCUUGCAGAGGAUGGAAUUUGUGAAACCUCAUCUGAGCAGUUUUAUCGCCGUGCUGUCCUAGGCGUACAUUUGUCUGUUCUGAAGGAUGUGAACGAGACACGUGAGAUCAAUGGUACUCUUGUAGAUGGAACCUUUACCUAUGCACUCUCUGAACCUGGAAAUAUUGGAGUGAUCAAGUGGGAUAUAACUCUCUGCCUGCUUCUAGCCUGGAUCGUUGUAUUCUCCUGUAUAGCUAAAGGAAUCAAGUCCACUGGAAAAGUUGUAUAUUUCACUGCUACAUUCCCUUAUGUAAUUCUGAUAGCGUUACUCUGCUAUGGAUGUACCCUACCUGGAGCUUAUGAUGGGAUCAAAGCGUUCUUUGUUCCUAAGGCUUGGACUGGGAAGCAGAGUAUUGCUGAUCCUGAGGUUUGGAGGAAGGCAGCAGAGCAAAUGUUUUACUCUCUCUCUAUAUCAUGGGGAGGACUGGUUAUGUUUGGGAGCUAUAACAAGUUUGAUCACAAGGUUCAUAUCACAGCUACAGCUAUCUCAUCUUUGGAUUUUGCUACAUCUAUUAUCUCUGGAGUAGUUAUAUUCUCAAUCCUUGGACAGCUCAAGCUGGAAGCUGGACUUGACGAUAUCGCUGAUGUUGUUAAAGGUGGGACUGGUCUUGCCUUCAUUGCCUACCCAGAUGCACUCUCCCGCCUUGUAGUUCCACAGCUGUGGUCUGUUUUGUUCUUCUUUAUGCUGUUCCUGCUUGGACUGGACUCAGAGUUUGCCCUCCUAGAAACUGUCCUAACUGUAUUCUAUGACAGCAUACCUAAAUCCAAGAAUUAUAAACCUCUUUUAGUCUUCAUCAUCUGUGCUUCAUGCUUCCUAAUGAGCUUGCCCUGCGUAUCCAAUGCAGGGCCCUUUGUCUUCCAGAUCAUGGAUGAUUAUGGAGGAGGGAUGUCAGUUCUUUGGAUUGCAAUCCUUGAAAUGGUUGGGAUCAUGUGGAUUUAUGGAGUCAACAACUUUGCUGAUGACAUGGACUACAUGUUGAAGAUUAAGACCAGCAUUGUUCUGAAGAUCCUUUGGGUGAUUAUACCUCUACUGCUGAGUCUAAUUCUGGGAUUUUCAUUGUACUCCUUUGAAGCUCCCCAUGCAAAGAGCUCCCUGGGAAACAUCUACUAUCCCGACUAUGUGAGCGGUAUUGGUAUUUUCCUAAUUGUCAUUGUGGUGGCCCAGGUUCCCUUCUGGGGGUUUGUAAUGAUCCUCUUCUACCUCUUCUCUCCUUCUAGGAGAGUUCUAGAUGUUGCUAAACCAACUCCAGACUGGGGUCCUGGAGAUUCUAAAUAUGUUAAGGAUUACAGAAUCAGAAAAGGACUUGAUCUGAAACCAUUAAAUGGGUUUGAUAACCCUUCAACUCCAGGUGCUCCUGGAUACUAUCCUGGUUUUCACGAAAGUUAUCGAAUGUAGACAGAGACAAUGCCAUUAAUGUGAAAGUACGAAUUUUGAAAUUUUGUUUUUAAAAUUCCUGCUUUAAACCUCGUUUAAGUGUCACUUCCAAUAUGCAGUUAAAGAAAUCAAAAUUCUAAAUUAAAAAAUGCGAUUUAUUAAAAAUCAUGCAUUUCAUAAGUAGAAGUCUUUCAGAUCUUUUGCAAAUUUUUUUGAGUUUAAUUUUAUUUAAAUUAUUAGUAUAAAAAUCAUUUUUUUUGUACAAAUAAUCCUUACACAGUAGUGUACAAGGUAUUUAUUAUGUAAAUAUUGAAGUUAUUAAGUGUACAAAUUAUUAUAGAUAUAUUGUAAAUAUACACAAAUUUUCAAAGUUAUUAAGACAAAGAAUCAAGUUGUGACAAUUCAACGUUUGUGGAAUGUAGAUUUUAGAAUUGUGAUUGAAAAAAAGCUAUCGCAUUUUGUUUGUUUUUGCUUAGUUCUUCUCCCAAGGGUUCAAUUUAGGCAAACAUUAAGAAAAUUACCAAUUUUGAAAUUUAUAAAACUUCUUAACAUUGCUUAAACCUUUAAAAGGCCCAAAAAAGCCAAGAUAAAAAGAGAAGAAAAAAAUAUUGCCUAUUACGAAACAAAUGUUUCAAUAUAUAUAAAUAGUACAGUUGUACUGUACUUCACAAAUGUACACCAGGAACCUCCUAAUCUGUCUGUGCCUUGCAGUUGUAGCUAUAAAAACAUUAGAUUAACGGGGCAAAACAGGUUUUAAGUGAAAAACAGGGGCAGGAAAUUUUGCGUAUUAGAAUAUAAAAAACAUUUUUGAGUAUCGACUUCUCCCGUAAAUUAGUAAAGUCAUUGUCUGCUGUCAAAGCAUGCAUAUGCACAAUGCACAUGAUAUACAGGCCGAUAUCCACAUCAUAUCGGAUAGUUAAGAGCUCGAAAAUUCCGAUUUUCGGGACUUAAAAGAAAAUUUAAAAAGAAUUAUUAAUUUUUUUUUAAUUAUAAGGCUAAUAAAAAAUUUACAUGCAGAAAAUAAUGGGGUUUUCAAGUAUUAUGUGCAUAUUUAGGCGGGAAAUCUUGGAGAUAAUCCAUAUGAUAUGUCUUAACAACUGCAAUAUCUCCAAUAUCUGGUUUUCCCACUGCAGAAAUUGUGGGCACACUGAGUUUAAUUACCUUACUUUCAGAGAGUACAGUUAACAUUUUGCGCACAUUUUGUCUGGGGAUUCCAAUGAUGAUAAAACUUCCAGGAAAUUUCCUUGCCAUGCAAUUUUCCCUUUUCAGUUAAUAAACUCCUUGGACUAUCUUUGACUAAAAAUCUUAAAUAUUAAAACCCAUUUGUGAUUUUAUCUUUCCUAGUAAAAUACAAGGAAGUUAGA